AAAAUAAGUUUUGUGGAAGAGACGGUCGAUUUUCGAACAUAAAUAUCUUGUGUUAAUAUGACUACAUCAAUAAUAAUUGCGUCAAUUGCUAUUAUCAAUGCUUUUGUUAACGCCAGUCCACAGAAUGAGUACGCAUCAAGAAAUGGGCAAAAUCCUUCAGAAACUGAUGCUUUUUAUAUGAAUAAUAAUGCCAGAGAUCGCCCUCAUCAACUAAGUAAUUUUGGUAAUGGAAAUUAUAAACACAACGUCAUAAAUGUGGACCAAACUAGCAAUGGUUUUUCUGUGUCAAGUUAUGAAGCUGAUCGCAACAUUAGACCGACUUCAACAAGUUACAAUGUUAAUUUAAAUAGCCCAGCCAGAACGACAGUUACCUCUAACGGGAUGGGAUGGGAUGGGACAAACGGGAUGGAUAGAAGAAACGCGUUUUCUAUCAAUGAUAAUAGACAGGAGCCACAGAGACCUCAAUCGAGGUUUUACCAGAAUGGCGAAAAUUCUAGAGGAUCUAUUGACAGACAACAAAUUUUAAAGGAAAUACUUGAUAAAGCUAACAUUGGGACAGGGAAUAAUAAUGAUAACCAGAUUCAGAUUGACGGAGUACGGAUUAAUGUCAACCCUAAUCCAGCAGAUAAUCAUGGAAGAGGUGCAGGAGUUCGAACCGGCAACCCUCUAGUUGGCAAUACACAAUAUCUUUAUAAUAGUAGAAACGGUGAAGAGAAUAUAGUAAGACCACUCACUAAUCGAAUGGGUGGCGGAUCGUAUAACGUGGACAAUAGAGGCCAAAAUGGAAACAAUGCAAAUAACUAUCAUGCUGGAGCUCAAAAUGUACCAGAUGAUAUUAUCCGAAAUCUCUAUGAUAGCACCCAAUUUGUUUAUAACUAUGGCAAUGGUCUUAAUAACAAAAAUAUCAUACAAAUUGAUAAUGUCCAAAACACUGAGGAUAGAUGGAGGUUAAAUAACCGUCCAAGAGGAAAGCCCUUAGUGGAGAACAACAAUAGGUGUACUAACAUUUAUAAUGACGAAACAUUAAAAGUAUUACCACUAAAUCCUAAUAUUUUAUGAAAAAUCAUAAAAUCUUGUCGAGUUUUUUAUCUUUAAAUAUUACAAGAAAAGUUAACGAUUUUUGUUAACCUAUGUGUGUCUUUGUGUAUGGCAUUGUAGAUGGUAAAUAAAUAUGAAGAUUUUAAAUUGGCUUUGAAUGAAUUGAAUUGUAUAAGUGUUUUUAUAUCAUAUGUACCUACUUUCGAUUUAAUAAUAUAAAGUGGUGAAAGAAAA